AUGCGCCACCUUGUGCAGGCAAUCGAGCUCUUGCGCACUCUGUUUCAACCUGCCUCGCCUUGGAUCACACGCCUUGAUCAAGCUUUUGAAAGCGCCUCCAACUCUGUAGCAGGUAUGGCCAUGCUUCCAUCAACAACGGGCGCAGGCUCUGUUAACACGGCGGCUGAUGCUGCAGCUGUCUCAGCAUCCGAUAAGCAGCGUCGACGCAUUGCCAUUGUUGGCGCGCCGUCUCAUUUCAUGGACACACUUCUAGCCGAGCCUCUAGAUUCCACCAUCACGUGUGCUCUCGAGACGUAUCCACGACAUGCUCACACACAUAUUCAGUAUGGUCCUGGCGGAUGGACUGCUGAUGGUGCUUGGACACUUCCUUUGUCGUGGCUACAUGGUAUUGAACUCUUCGAGUGCAGGGACAGAGUCGAUGAUCCAGAUACGUACACGGAGCUGCUUGCUUGCGACGCGGUCUUCCUCGUGGUCCGUGCCUCCGCAUUAACCUCUAAAAAUGCAUCUGCUCAAAAGAUCCUAGAUCUCGCUCAUAUCCUCGCAUUCAAGCCACACACCACGCUGUUGGUAGACUGCGAUGUCGAUCAUGCUUAUGGCCAACAAGCUUCUUUGCAGUGGUCUCUUGGCGCUCAGGCUGUGUGUGAGGCCGUACCUCCCCGGCUUUUGGAGCGGCUCGCUGCACAGCAGGCAGACGUCUGGCACCCAGCUCCUGAACAUGGUGCGCGAGGCAUUUUGAGUGUGCAAGGUGUGCACUUUGUAUCUUCUACGCUUGCGCAUCAUGCACGCAGCAUCCUGCCGGACCAAGGCCUUCCUGAAUUUGCCCGCAUCUUUCGUGCAUCGCGCUUUGCUGCACUGUACCCGCUUUUUGCAAAAGCAUAUGCACCCCAAACACGCAUCGAGUAUGUUGCACAGCUCGCUCUUCAUGCUGCCACUGAGGCAGACGUUGCCGAAAAGGAACGACUGGAUGCUGGUGCUGGCUGGGCUAGCAUUCUCCAAGCGAAUGCUGAACAUGACAUUCGCAUUACGAAAGCACGUCUCGACUUGGCAAGUGACGUGUCCCAACCUGUGUCCCGGCAGUCGUCAGUACGCGAAAGACGCGGUGACCAAAGCGCCAAGACUCGCAGCCGCCAGGCGGAUGCCCGUGCGCUUGUGGCCACUACGCUCCAGAUGCAAUUUCCCUGGUGGCGUCUACUUUGGCGUAUGGAUGAAAUGCGCCUCGCCCUAACAUACGCUGUUGGCCGCAGUUUUGGUGUGCAAGAAGAAACGCGCCUAGCCUAUGAGGCAGGGCGCCUGCGCGGCGAUUCGUCGCGGCAGACGCACACGGCGCAUGUUGCCCUGGAUGAUCUGCGUGCUCGCAACACGAGUGUGCGAGAACGCCUGGCAUGUGCGGACCAGCCUUCACUUGACACCGCUAUGCUCCGCAAUGCUCUCGCUUCGUACGAUGAGCGGCACAUGGGUGCUCUGCUCCAUGCACAAUGCCUCUCUGAGCCUUUGCUUCGUCGACGCGAACAGCUUCUUGCACGGAAUGGUCCAGUCGACCGCCUCGUUUCGCAGUCGCAAAAGACCGUCGGCACAACGUACAUCGGCCUCGGCGCGAGCUACACCACUAGCGCUUUGGGCGCUCUAGCUCAUGCUUCACCCACUUUGUGGAUGGACGAGUUUGCCACGCCCAUGUCGGAAGCACUUGCUACAUCGUCGUGGAUACCUUCCAUCGACAUACCUUCAUGGUCAAGCCUCAUUGCCAUGACACCUACGACCGCCGGCGGCGUCGCACUGCUGGCCAGCGCAGCCGCUGCAUACUACCUACAGGGUCGAUGGACAAAAUUGAAACGAAGAUUUUGGCAUGAUUGGGAUCGGGCAGUCGAGGCCGCGGAACGUGAGCAGACCGAAUGCAUCGACACUGUCCUACGAACACAAGUAUACGGAGCGCCAUUGCACGCGGCGAAGGCCCUACGCGAGCAAGUCGAUGCGCGUCGCAGCCAGCUGGAUGUACGCAUUCAGACUUUGCGCGAGAUCCGUGGUCUUAUGGACAAUGUGCCUCGUUCUCAGACAUAG